AUGGCUCUGGAUGCGCUGCAUGGCCGCAGAAGACCUCAGACUUCCCAAAAGGUUCUGGAAAAGAUCUGUAACAUUCUACGUACUGAUUCUCUGGCAGAAGUUCUACAGUGGCUGUUCCAUGCAAGUUCAAAAGAAAAGGAGUGGGUCUCAGCUUUGAUUCAUGCUGAACUGGCUGAGAUAAACUUGUUAACUCCCCUCAGAAGAAACGCCUCAGCGGAACUAGCAGCAGAGACUGGCAGGCCACCCAAAGUUAAAUCACCCUCAGAUUCACCAGCAAAAUCAGAAGUGCUAACCAGUUCUAGGGAAGGACAUCAACAGAGCAGAUUGUCAAGUCAAGGAUCUGAAGGAAAUAAGGAAGUCCUGAAAGAGGCUGAGCACAAGCUUCCACUGUUUAUAAGAAGAAAUAAGAUGAAAAUACCCAUUGCAGAAUAUUUCAGCAAGCCAAAGCCUCUUCCCAGGCCUAAAACUCAAGAGAGCAUAUCAACAAAACCAACAUAAGCAAGGAGUAUACAGCAAGGAUACAGUCUCUCUCCCCAGAGAACAUUUUAUCCUGUAACACACCAAAGGUAGAAAUUCUAGACUGGGCUAAGUCUUUCACAAACAUGAGUUUCACUUUGUUAUAACAUCAAAUUAUUAAAAACAUGUUUUUGGUAUGGAGGAAUCAGUAGCUCCUCUAUAUGUUGGUACAUGUAAAUCUCAAAGCACCUGUAUAUAAUGAUACUAAAUAAAUAUUAAGGGAGAUAAUAUUUCUAUUUGUAGUUAAAU